UGGGCUGCCAGUGGGGGUGGGAGUUUCAUUUGAGUAAGCAAGCAAGCAUCAUAUGAAAGGCAAAUAUGUCGAGUUAACCUACUGGUUCAACUCGCCUUGCAGCUUUUGCCUUGUGGAGAGUGACAGAGCAUUGGCCUGACGAUCCCUUGCAUGUCAGUGGCUGUGGCGUAUCCCCCCCCCACCACGCCUCACUGAAAGGAAAACAAGAAACCAGCAGCCGGAGUGGAAAAAAAAACAACACAUGCACUCUCUGGAAGGGAAAGAUCUGGGCAUCUUCAGCUAACUUUCUGCAAACACUCACGGGAGGACUGACAGACUCCAGGGCUGAAUGUGCCUCUUCUAACCCCACCGAGUUUGCAGGCACAGCACAUCGAGUUUUCUGUGGUUCCAGCAGGUCAGCAGCUUUCAGCCUAUGCUACUGACUUGUUGUUGUGAGCCAGCCUGCCCCACAUGGGGAGAGAAGACAUUCUGCGCCUGGGUUGCCUUUUACUCUGGUCAUGGGUGGAUGUCACAGCUACGGCAAAGGGGAUGUAGAAACACACGACCAAAACUUGGAAUUUUCCAAUAUCCCCGUCCAAAAACUAAAGAACAACAACACCAAAGCUGCGCCGUCUCUGGAAGAAAAGCCCUACCUACUUUCAGUUUAUGUUUCAGAACGGAUCACAGACAUGGAUAUGAAGACGCUGUCUUCGCUACCUGAUGGGUUUGACAAAGCCGAGUGGAUGGCCACUCACACCAUUGCCUUCUUCAAACACAUUAACCUGUUUUCCAGCGCUCUUUCGGAAUUCUGCACCACCAAAACUUGCCCAACCACAGCUGCUCCUGGUAACACGACUUACUACUGGCAGUUCGAUCAUAAUAAGAAGGAGAAGUGUUCGGCUCCACUUUACAUCGACUAUGCAAUGUCCUACAUACAGGAACUCCUAACGGAUGAAAAUGUUUUUCCAACUAGCACAGGGUCCCGAUUCCCCAACGGAUUCCCCUUCCUGGUGCAGAAGAUCUUCCUCUACCUCUUCCGGACCCUGACUCACCUCUAUUGGGCCCACUUCCGAGAGAUAGUGAAAAUGGAGAUGCACCCUCACCUGAACACUCUCUACAUCCACUUCAUGACUUUCAGCAAGGAGUUCGACCUCCUGGAACCAAUGGAGACCGCCAUCAUGGACGACCUGACGGAGGCUUUGCAUCGAUACAACAAUGUCUGACGAGCCCAUGCAAAGCUCUGCCCAAAGCCGAGAGCUGCCUAAACCACAUAAAUAGCGGGGGCUCUCGGCUUACCUGUGGAAUGAAAUUUGUACCUCUUCAGGAGCCGUAAUUGAGGGACACCUGUCUGGAAACAUGAACAGACAGACAUUAUAUAGAGCCUGCAAUCUGAUUUUGGACCAUGGACCACAGCAUCUCAUUUUGCAGAGGGAGGAAAACAAAGGUUUCUAUCAAGAAAACCAUAAUUUUCAUAAAGAUGAUUAACAGAGAGGGACACAUCCUACAAAUAAUUCAUGAGUAUAGAUUUAAUACUAAUUGAGACUAAGGCAUGGUGAUUUCUGGAUAGUAUUGACUUGUUACUUGAGAAUUUAUUUUAAGUUUGACAUUUUACAUUUGUUAGCAAAAGGUACUGAAGUGUAUAUGGACAGAACCACAAAAUAUCAUCUUUUCAACAGAGACUAAUCUGAUUUAGAGCAACGCAGUGCUGUUGACGACAAGGACAGUAUAGUCGGUGAUGAUUGUUUAUUAAUGUUGUUAAAAUAGAAACAUUUUUGGAGAAA